GCUGCACAGUGACAGCAGUUCUGCUCCUCUUCAAACCUCCUCCUCGUGCUCCUGUUCCUGCUCCUUCUGUCUGUCGCCUGUCCACGAGUCUCCGUAUCAACAUGCGCCCGCUCGCGUGCGCUGCACUGUUUGUGUGUCUGUGGUGCGGCGCGGAGGCGCGCGAGUUUACCGAGGAGGAAAUGUCUGCUGUCAGGCAGCGCAUCAAGUCCAUGUUCUACCACGCCUACAACAGUUACCUGGACAACGCCUUCCCCUACGAUGAGCUCCGUCCACUCACCUGUGAUGGCCAGGACACCUGGGGCAGCUUCUCUCUAACUCUGAUAGAUGCCCUGGACACCCUGCUGGUUUUAGGGAACAGGACAGAAUUUCAGCGUGUGGCAUCGCUCCUGCAGGACACCAUCGACUUCGACAUUGACGUCAAUGCAUCUGUGUUUGAAACCAACAUCAGAGUGGUGGGUGGGCUGCUGUCGGCUCACCUCCUGUCGGGUCGCUCAGGGAUGCAGUUGGAGUCUGGGUGGCCGUGUGCAGGACCUCUGCUGAGGAUGGCUGAGGAAGCAGCCAGGAAGUUACUGCCUGCCUUCCAGACUCCCACUGGGAUGCCGUACGGCACGGUGAACCUGCUUCAUGGCGUCAGCCCCUCGGAGACGCCCGUCACCUGCACCGCUGGAGUGGGAACCUUCAUUUUGGAGUUCGCUACGCUGAGUCGCCUCACCGGGGACCCCGUGUUUGAGGAAGUAGCACGCAAAGCACUGAGAGCCCUCUGGAAGACCAGAUCUGACAUUGGAUUGGUGGGGAACCACAUAGACAUCUUGUCUAAAAAGUGGGUGGCUCAAGAUUCAGGAAUCGGCGCCGGUGUGGACUCGUACUUUGAGUAUCUAGUUAAAGGAGCGAUCAUGCUGCAGGAUGAAGAGCUGCUCACGAUGUUCCAGGCUUUCGAUCAAGUCAUCCAGAACUACACCCGUUUUGAUGACUGGUAUCUGUGGGUCCACAUGCACAAAGGAACUGUGUCCAUGCCCGUUUUCCAGAGCCUGGAGUCCUUCUGGCCCGGCCUGCAGUCUCUUCUGGGGAACAUGGACGCUGCCGUCAGAACCUUCCAGAACUAUUAUUCUGUGUGGAGACAGUUUGGAGGUCUCCCUGAGUUCUACAGCAUCCCUCAGGGCUACACUGUGGACAAGAGGGAGGGCUACCCCCUCAGGCCAGAGCUGAUUGAGAGUGCCAUGUACCUGUUCAGAGCCACGGGAGACCACACCUACCUGCAGAUGGGCUUCGACGCUCUGGAGUCCAUCGAGAGGAUUGCCAAGACUCCCUGUGGAUACGCCAGCGUUAAAGAUUUGCGCGACCACCAGUUGGACAACCGCAUGGAGUCCUUCUUCCUUGCAGAGACGGUGAAGUACCUGUACCUGCUCUUUGACCCCACGCAUUUCCUGCACGGCGGGGGCUCUGAGGGCGACGGCUGGUGGGAGGCGGGGGGCGAGGCAGGGGACUGUGUUUUGGGGGCGGGGGGGUUCAUCUUCAACACGGAGGCCCACCCCCUGGACCCGGCGGCACUGUACUGCUGCAGCCGCCACAGCAGAGACCGCCAGCAGCUCCGGGAGCUCCUGCUCAGCCCGUCGCAGCCGCCCGCCGAGGCCCCGCCCACCAAGGCCCCGCCCACUGGCCAAUCGGAGACUAUUGCGCUGAAGCCCGGAGAGCGGAAGACGCCCCCCCUGCUGUCCUGCCCCGUCCAGCCCUUCAGUGCCCGCCUCACCGUCCUGGGACAAGUUUUCAGCGAUGCCACGUGAGACCGGCUGAGCAGCAGACCUGCUGAGAACUGUUGAGUCCACCUGAGAUCAGGUUCAGGCGUGGAGUGGCUGACGCGGAUUGUGAGGGUCUCUCUUCACCAUCAGCCAAACCGAUGAAGGACCUGCAGAGGACUGUGGCGGUUCUGGGACCUCAGAUCCCUGAGAGACUGCUGAAGGUUUAUUAAGAGACUUUCAUUAUAUCAGCUGUUGGUGCUGAUCAGACAGCAGGUCCAUUUGCCAUUGCUCAUGGAAAUUUAAAUUAAUACUGUAUUCUAAGUAAUUUAUUGUUUAUUUAGUUCAAAAUGUGCCAUUUUUUUUAUUUUUGUCAGUGUUUAUCACGCAGAGGCCGUAGAGGUCUCAUAUUUGUUUGGUUUAUCUUCGGAGGACUGAUCAGACAUAAACCAGAAAGCUGUCAGUCUGAUUUUAAAAAAGAUGAAGGUUUCAUAGUUUACAUUUACCAGAUCUAAAAAAAAUAACUGAGGCCUGCUGAUGAACCUGACCCACACUUAAGAUGCUCUUCUUCAUGUUGAAGGUUGCUAUUGAGAAGCUGCAGGCGUGUGUGAGUGUGUGUGUGAGACCAAUCAAGGACAUUUCUAUUUGUGAAGGCAGUGGCUGUAUAUGGGGUCUAUUAGGUUUUAUUUUUUAAAGUGUAAAUUAAAUAAGUUAACAGAAACAUCUUUGUGCAUUUUUAAAAUAAAAUUGUUUUUUAUUAA